AUACAGAGGCUUCGACUAUUGACAUUAAAUUAACUGGCUGUGAUUUCCUCGCUUAAUCAAUGUAUUGUUUGGUCUGUAAAAUUUCAGAAAAUAGGCAAAAAUGCUGUUGAGCUGUACUGUUAUACUGACAGGUCUUUUUGUUAUUUUGUUCACCCAAUUUAAAUCAACUAGGCUAAAUAGCAGAAACACCUGGACAACUCAACAGCAGCACAAACUUCAGCUUCCAAAUUGAUCGCGCAGAUGAAUCAACACAUCUGAAACGGCUUGAACACAAACUGAACACGAUCACCUUCAUGAAGGAUGAUUUACUGCAGGGCUGUUGGAUUACACUGACUUUGAGCUAGCUGCUCGUUAGAAACUGACUACCGAGUGUACAUGUUUUUAUUGUUGUUGUGCGCGUGUUUCCCAUGAGCCUUUUAUGCUACUCACCCAGGGGUUGUGUUUAUAUCUUUUCUGUUUUAUACUAUUUAUUGAAAAACAAACAAGAAUACAUCAAGUUUAUUCACAUUUUGCGCUUUUCGUUUGAAGGUCUUGCCGCUUCGUUUCCGACCGCCCUCCAUCUUGGCGCAGUUAGCUUAACGCAGAGAACCAAACGGAGGCACAGCGGAUCAAUUUGGAGACACGGCGGUUGAUCGGGAUUACGCGGUGACACUGAUUGUCGUAUCGCCUGAACGCGCUGUUUCCUCAUCGCCUCCAUCAGCUGUGGCAUCACCUCAGUCUCCAGGUGUUAGUCCGUACCCAGCCUGUAUGCAGCCUGUUCAGGUCCCAGCCUAGUUCCUGGUGUUCCUCUCCUGCUGCCUCCUCCUCCCUCCUUUCCCCACUCCCUGUCCCCUCCCUCCAUCCUCACCCACAGCCAGACUCCCAGCUUUUAGCCUGGACCAGUGGGCUGGCUGGCUGCCCCCCUACAGGUGGAUGAAUGAAGACCCCAUUCAAGAGCCCAGCGGCCCCACGGCCCCGAGCAGAUGGGGGACAUUCAGGUGUUUCUACAAACAUGAUGAAGAAGAAGAACUCACACAAGAAACCGAGGACCAGUGUCGGUCCCAGUAAGGCUCUGGCUCAGCCCAGGAGGAACAUCGUGGGCUGCAGGAUCCAGCACAUCUGGAAGGAGGGCAGUAAGUCGUCCCAGUGGAAGGGGACAGUCCUGGACCAGGUUCCCGUUAACCCCUCGCUGUACCUGAUCAAAUACGACGGCUUCGACUGCAUCUACGGCCUGGAGCUGUACAGUGACGAGCGGGUGGUGGGGCUGGAGGUGCUGCCUGACAGAGUGGCGUCGGCCCGUGUCAGCGACUCGCUGCUGGCGGACACGAUGAUCGGCAAAGCGGUGGAACACAUGUUUGAGACGGAGGACGGGCCGAAGGAGGAGUGGAGGGGGAUGGUGCUGGCCCGGGCUCCCAUCAUGACCUCCUGGUUCUACAUCACCUACGAGAAGGACCCGGUCCUCUACAUGUACCAGCUGCUGGAUGACUACAAGGAGGGAGACCUCCGCAUCAUGCCUGACUCCAAUGACACCGUGGCGGCGGAGCGGGAGCCCGGCGAGGUGGUCGACAGUCUGGUGGGUAAACAGGUCGAGUACGCCAAAGAGGACGGCGGGAAGCGGUCAGGCAUGGUUAUCCACCAGGUGGAGGCCAAACCCUCUGUCUACUUCAUCAAGUUCGACGACGACUUCCACAUCUACGUCUACGACCUGGUCAAGACCUCUUAAGGCCAGAAGACCCGGUCCAGGACCCCCCUCCUCCAAAAAGACUUACCAAGACCUGCCUAGAUCCACCAGACACCCCAGCACAGCCCCCACAGAAGAAAACCCACAUCCUGUGAGAGAAGAUAUCAAGGACUUACCAUGGGUUUGAUGAAACACCUUAAAAAGGAAACAGGAACAGCCCCCCCACCCUACACAUACACACAAAGAAAAACUCCAAGUCCUCAGAAGAGUCACUGAGGUGUAGCAGAUCAUUUGUCGUUCAUCUCCUUGUCAGAUUUCUGUUCAGGACGCCUCAAAAGACCCAACAGCGGAGCAAGAGCCAGAGUUGUUUGGAACAUUUGUGAUGAUAAUAAAAACAUGGCAAACAAAUAAACAGUCUGGUUUGGUUUAAGACCUGACUUCUACAGCCCGAGUCAUACAGAGAUCCACAAGGACUCGAUCCUGAUACCCCUGCAGACACCGCAAAAAGGUUCCAAGACUCGGAGCAGGAUCUGAAAGCAUUUAGGCCCCUCCCCCUUGUCUCCUGAAACCCUGUCAGAUCAUAUGAGACCUCUGUUACCUGAGGAAGGGGCUGGACAGGUGUGAGCCUGCCAGGGUUAAUAAAGGGACAGGGUUUUAGGAAUCUUCCAGGAUGGGCCAAACUCUCUGAACUAUUGUUAGUGAUUUAUAGGAGGUGUAAAUGAACAGGAGGAACAUGUCCAAUCACAGAACAAUUAGCUGACCCCCUGUCACCUGUUGGCCAUCAAAGACUGAAAAACUCUGAAGGACCCAGAUGCAAAACCAGAGGACAGACUUUUUUUGUUUUUGUCUGUCUUUCCUUGUUGAUUCCUACAUGACCCAUAAAUGACCUCAGGAGGUUCAGUCCUCAGA